UUUAUUUUUCGUACUGCAGUCAGCAAUAAGCGUUCUGUACGAUCAGUUCGAAUCACAAUAUAAAAGUAAUAAUUAUGGUCGGCACUCGUUCAUCGUUAUUUUGUCUGCUCUGUACGGUCCUGAUUUUUCCCCUCGGCGAUUCAACCGCGUUAAGCAAAUUUGGAAAUCAACAACAAAAAAAUGCCCACGAACUCGGACUUGGAGCGAAUGUCGUGGGCCAUGUGGUUAACGGCGAGGAUACAGAAGAAUAUCCAUUUAAAAAAGCAUACUAUUCGUAUAAAAUACAAUCGAAUGAGUUGUUAAAAGGUGUACGAUUAAACCCGCCGAUUGAUUACGUAACACCUGAAGGAUACAGUCUGGUGUUGGAACCGAUUGUUCAUUUUUGUCACCAUGUAGAUGACAGUAUUAUAAAGAAAUUUUCUGCAUUCGGAUCGAAAGACAAGGUGUACAUCAACAUCGACGACGAUUUGAGAGAUAUAUCAACCAACGAUUCAACUAUUGUGUAUAAACUUAAGGCAAUAGAAAAUGUUAAUUUGACUACGGUUGGUGGUUCUACUACUGUACUCAUCAGAAUUGUUGAAUUUCUACCCAUGCCUGACACCGUACUAGCGUUUGAAGAACCUAGUUAUUCUUUAAAGUUGGCUUAUGGUCACAAAGGUAAAGUUUUCAAAUUUAAGACCAUAAAAACCACACAUAAAGCAAAAGAAAAAAACUCGGAUUUGGAAUUUGAAAAACAACCGGAAAACGAUAAAUAUUUUUCAAAAAACGAAUACUCUUUCAAGGGAAAUUACAGUUUGGAAUACGUACCUGAACCACUUUUAACAAAACUGAGAGUUAAUGAUGACGGCGAAUUAGAGGUGUUGGGAAAUAUCGAUGAAGGAUAUCACAGUUUUGACGUCGUAGCAGUAGAUUAUGGUCCUAAUUCUACUACCAUAUUAAAAGCUAGGUCCAAAGUCUACAUGUUUAUCGACAAUAUAGCAGCGUGUAGUUCAGACACGUCUAAAUUCAUUAGAGCUUUCAGUAAACACUAUAUAACCGAAGAGACUAAGCUAAUAACAGCUGUUCCGGGAACUGAAUCGAGCGGACAAUGUAUAUUUUCGAUAACACAUCAAUUUCCGUUUGGUGUGGGCGCGGACUUCUUCACCAUCGACAAGAAAUCGGGUGCUGUGCACGUGAAAAGUCCCAUCGACCGGGAGGCGUAUUCGUUCGAAGACAUGGAAGAACCGUCCGUGUACCUGAGGUUAAAGAUUCACUGUCCUCCGAUGGACACUGUACCCGCCACCCAGCCACUACACCUAUCCGACGUGGACAACAUCGUCUACGAUCCGACUACCACGCUGGUGCAGUUGGUCAUCGUCGACACCAACGAUAACGUGCCAGUGUUCGCCGACAAGCACAUAAUAGUCGGAUAUCCCGUGCUGGACGUGGCCAACACCAUUAUUCCCAAACACCUUCUGCAGGUCAAGGCGACAGACAAGGACGCGGGAAAACACGGAAAAAUACAAUACUCGCUGAGAGGAGAUGACGCUAACGACUUUAUCAUAAACUCGGAGACAGGAAUAAUAUAUUGUAUGAGUUUGGUGGACGAUAGCACCGCGAACAAAACAUUCGAGGUGGUGGCCAAGGACAACGACGGCAAAUCCGACGGAUCAGAAUCUACAAUGACUAUUACCGUGAAGUACUUAACGUUCUCGGACGUUGUCCGGGUGAGUGUCCAGUUCAGCUCCAUCGAAGACCCCGCGGCUAUCGAAUCCCAACUGUCCGAAAUAUCAGGAGUCAGAGUUAUGUCGCUCACCAACGACGUGAUCAACACGUUUACGGACGGGCAGUGGCGCGCCGAGAGGCUGUUGACUGUGUACGGGGUGAACAACACGGAUGGUUCGGUGGUGUCGGCAUUGGAAUUAGAAAAGAAUUUAGAACACAACACCAAAGUUUUGGGUAUAAUGAAAUUAUACAAUACGAAUUCCGACGGCGAAACGAGCACCGCGAUGUCCUUAGUGUACGCAGCGAUGUUUUUCUUGAUGCUGUCUAUGGUAGCCGUGGGGCUCUUAUAUUUUGGAUAUGUCAAGAACGGCCGUUAUUUGUCGUGUAUUUCCAGUCCGUCUACGACGCCGCUGAAAGACGAUAUCGAAAACAUGAGUCAGAGCAACUGGAUUACGACUUUCAACAGAACCAAUCUAACGUCUAACAGAGUGCGAUUCCCUGGAAAUAUUAACUCCGAGACGGUGCCGUGCAGAUCCAAAAUCACGGACAACGCGACAGUCGUCGUGGAGAACAGCCUGUACGAGGCCAUACCGCCUAAAGGAACCGCCGUCUUGGCCGUGAAUAAUAAUUCCUCAAUUGUUAAACUCGAUUCUAAGGUCUCCUUCGAAGACGACUUGAUAAAGUUAGAAAAAAUGGACGAGGCGUUUUCGCCCACGGACGACUUAUCUUUUAACUAUUAAGUUUUGACUUCCGGCGGUAAAAAAAUCACUUUAGUCUAUACUGAUAUCAGUUCCGGUUCGACGUUUACAUUUUUUAUCCGGAUAAGCACACUUCGUACACACACUUCUAUAUAAUAUCUACAUAUUAUUACCUAUUAUAUACCUGUUAAUAUGAUAAUUGUAUAUUAUUUUUAAAACACGUUUACAAGACCUUACAAUA